AUGGCAGAUUUCAUCGCGGUUAAGCAAGAAAAGGGACGUGGUGGGAAUUUGCAGAAUUGUCGUCCGAGCUCCGAUUACGGAGCAAAAUACCAUUUCGGAAAGGGAACGAUGCCACGAGUCAAACUCAUAGCUUUGCGUGACGUACGAUGGAUUUUGGCAUUCUGGAGUCGUUUGGCCUUUCAAAACUGCAUUCAAAGUUCGAAUUUCGGAGUUACGUAG